AUGGCAGCCUGUACACUUGUCGUUGUUGUGGUGAACGUAGACGGUUCGCUGGUUCAGCAUCCUCUAACCUGCCUGGGUUCCUUCAACCGAGAGGAGGAGGGUUGGAGGAGAGACAAUGACUGGGUGUGGCGGAGAGAUGGGGAGGAGGAUGAGGAGAUCAUAUGGAUGAUGGGUGAACAGGAGAAGAAGAAGGGGAAUAGCUUCCUCGUCAACCUGGAAGAGAGAACUGGAGGGGGGAUCUUUACAUGUCACAGCCUGGAUAGAACCCUCCUGAAGAAAACGACGGUGCUGGUCAAACACCUGGAUGAACAGAAACGCAUUCUAGAAGGAUCCACCAGAGCAGGCUAUAUGAAAUGUUCUACACGGAACUACCAAGGAGAAUUCCACUGCUCCUGGAAAUUUACCACUGAACGUGUUGGGACCAUUAUGUCUGUCAGAGUGGCACGUGGCCUGUCUGAUGCGGAGAACAUCAGCUGUUCUGUGGAUGUCAGUGGACAGCAGUGGACAUGUUCCUCUUCGUCUGGCCAGAGUGACAUCAUGUGCUCUGUGAACAGUAGCGGACUGGGGGUGUCCUGUGUGGACAGACAGUAUUGUCCCUAUGCUGAGGAGACUGACCGGAUCACCCUGACCAUCUACAUGAGGACUAACUACCUGCUGGAGGAAUACUCCCAACGCUUCUACUUAUCAGAAAUUGUGAAGCCAGACAAGGUAUCCAUUAAGAAGGUGAACAGCAGUACUAUAGAGUGGAGGUAUCCUGUCUCCUGGAACAGCCCCAUCUCCUACUUCCCUCUUUCCUUCCAGGUCAAAGAGAUCAAAGGCAGAGAGCGCAAGAACGGGUGCACGUGUGAUUCGCCCGGCACAAAGGUCCACACCACAGAGAGCAGCCAGUGGUCAGUAAAGGCCAAGGUGAUGGUGUGCGUCAGGGCCCAGGAUGCACUCUGUGACUCCCCCUGGAGUGACUGGACAGAGUACAGAUAUGAGUCCCUUUCCGCCCUGAGAUACAGAUAUGUGGACGUAAUGAAGGCCCUCACCAACAUUGUGCUUUUAAGCGGUAAGAAGGACGAGAGGGGUGAUGCAGCAGCACAGAAAAAUAAAAUGGUUUUACAAAAUGUGAACGUCGUCUCCAAAAUGCUACAGGCCAAAGACACAGACCUGCACAGGGCAGUCAGCCUACUCAAGGACAUGAUAGAGGUCCUGUCCAGAAUCCAACAGGAUUUUGAGAAGGCCAAAGACACAGACCUGCACAGGGCAGUCAGCCUACUCAAGGACAUUAUAGAGGUCCUGUCCAGAAUCCAACAGGAUUUUGAGAAGGCCAAAGACACAGACCUGCACAGGGCAGUCAGCCUACUCAAGGACAUGAUAGAGGUCCUGUCCAGAAUCCAACAGGAUUUUGAGAAGGCCAAAGACACAGACCUGCACAGGGCAGUCAGCCUACUCAAGGACAUGAUAGAGGUCCUGUCCAGAAUCCAACAGGAUUUUGAGAAGGCCAAAGACACAGACCUGCACAGGGCAGUCAGCCUACUCAAGGACAUGAUAGAGGUCCUGUCCAGAAUCCAACAGGAUUUUGAGAAGGCCAAAGACACAGACCUGCACAGGGCAGUCAGCCUACUCAAGGACAUGAUAGAGGUCCUGUCCAGAAUCCAACAGGAUUUUGAGAAGGCCAAAGACACAGACCUGCACAGGGCAGUUAGCCUACUCAAGGACAUGAUAGAGGUCCUGUCCAGAAUCCAACAGGAUUUUGAGAAGGCCAAAGUCACUGCAAAGACCCAUGCUGACAAAUGGGUAGCUCAGAACGCAUUUAAAGACACUCUGAGAAGGGAGGCGAGGCGUCAUUUUGAUUAG